AUGACAAAAACAAUAAACAUUUUGGUUUCGACCUUCCCGGGACUGGGCGCAGCAUCUACCGUCUCCUUCCCUAUCGAAUCAACUUCAGCAGCAUCAGAGAUAUGGGAUCAACUGGAGCUCCGGGUGGCUCUUCCAAAUCAGCGCCUCUUCCUCACCACAUACUGCAAUAAGAACAUCUCAUCAACAUCGACACAACGAGUCCAGUCUCUUCUACCAGACCCCAGCAAUGACUUUCUUUCACUCCGACUCUCAGCCCCGUUAUGCGGUGGCAAGGGUGGCUUUGGGUCCCAGCUCCGUGCUGCCGGUGGUCGCAUGUCAUCAAAAAAGAAGAGCACAGGCGACAAUAACGGAUCAAGUCGUAACCUGGAUGGACGUCGUGUCAGGACUGCCAACGAGGCCAAGGCGCUGGCCGAGUACCUGGCCAUCAAGCCCGACAUGGAGAAGAAGGAAAAGGAGAAACGGCGGAAGAGAUGGGAGGAGAUCGUUGAGAUGACGGAGAAGAAGGAGCACGAGAUCAGGUACGGAGGGAAGGGGCGGCUCGACGGAAAGUGGGUGGAGGACAAGGAGGAGGCAGGAGAGAGGACAAGAGAUGCCGUCCUCGCAGCUCUUAUGGCGGGAAACAUUACCGACAACAUGAUGGUCACUCCAGGCUCCAGCAGCAAAGAGACUGCUGUGCCGCUAGAGGAGGCUUCUAGCGACGAGGAUAUGGCCGAAGAUGGUGAGGGUGAGAGUUCAGCUCCAACUUCGCCACCAUCAGAGCCUGAAAAGGUUGACAAAGGAAAGGGAAAGGAAAAGACACCGACCCAAACGAAGGCCCCGGCGAAGAACAUGAAGUUCAGUGGCUUUGACGAAGAUGACGAGUUCAUGAGCUCGAGCGAUGAGGAUGAAAGCAAAUAG